AUGGACGAGAUUGAUGCGGCCUUGGAUUUUCGUAAUGUUUCAAUCGUCGCAAAUUAUAUCAAAGACGUUCGUGUGGCCUUCACACAUAUGCGGCCUUGGAUUUUCGUAAUGUUUCAAUCGUCGCAAAUUAUAUCAAAGAUGGUCGUAUGGUCGUGUGGCCUUCACACAUAUGCGGCCUUGGAUUUUCGUAAUGUUUCAAUCGUCGCAAAUUAUAUCAAAGACGGUCGUGUGGCCUUCACACAUAUGCGGCCUUGGAUUUUCGUAAUGCUUCAAUCGUCGCAAAUUAUAUCAAAGAUGGUCGUGUGGCCUUCACACAUUUUGUCUCAGUUGAUUAACAUAUCAAAUAAAGAAGAACUCGAAGGAUAUUAUCACCGCUGCAUUGCGAUUAUCUUCAAACUCAAUCAGCAGGCAGCUGAUCUGAUGAUCCCAAUUUUGCUUGCAAGUGGACAGUACUCCUUUAUUCAUAUCCAAGUGAAAAAUUACCACAGUCCCUAUGCAAGGGCAGAUAAGAAUGGAGAGUAUUUAAGCAUUUAUUGGCAACUCGGGUACACUGGUGAAUGGUUUGUUGACCCUCCAAACAUGGCAGAAAAGUUCGAAGAUCAAGGAAUGAAAGGACCUGUCACUCGUUCACAUACCAAAUCUGAAGCCAGCCAGACCAAAAGAAAUAACAAGAAAAUAAUAUGCAUGUCUUCAUUUGGAAUGGAUUGUUUUAAAACAGCAAGCCCGGAACAUGGGGAAAUUUGGAAAGAAAGUAGUAUUAUUAGAUUCCGUCCGUAUGCUUCAAGGGGAGAAAAAAAGAGAGGUAAACAAUAA